ACCUGACACACACCUUUCCUGAUUGUAAACCAUGCAGUAUUCCUUUGUUUUGUUCCCCAAAUCGCCUCUUCACGCAUGUACAAAUUCUACAGGAAUACAAUCAAGUGUUCUGGGAUUCCCAUUCCUCUCAGGAUUAUUCAACUCCAUAGUUGAAAGCCUUGGCAGAGUCAGUGAAACACAACUUUUCUGAUAUUCUCUGUUUUCAGCCAAGAUCCAUCUGACUUCACCAAUCGUAUCCCUUGUUCCAUGUCCCAUGUUCCAUGUCCUUGUUCAUGUCCCCUGAACCUCUGGCAGCCCCUGUCAAUGUAACUGUUGUGAAAUGGUCUUCACCAUAAUCUUACUUUUUCUCUCUUCGUGUAUGAUGUUCUUUGUAUCAUCCCACAGCUCCUCUGUAAUAGGUGUUCAACGAGUCAAAUCUGUCAUUGAGAUGUUCUCGAAAUUCAGGUGGAAUAGACCCAAGUUUUUAAACAGGAUAAUAAUAGACAAGCAUCAUCUACGAAGAAUGAUUCCUGGUCCUCUAUGCUAGAAGACAUCUGUGAAUUCCAUGAUAUUGAACUACCGAACAACCAGGGAAGACAUGUGAGAGUAUAUACAGCGGAGAGCCUCUGUGAAAGUGAAGAUGAUAAAGUACAUAAAAGUGAAGAAGGUAACCAAUGUAGAAACAUUUCCAGCUUUAUUACAAAUCUUACUAGGCUCAAAAGAACAACUGCUAAAGUGAAUCCUUUUGAAUGCUUUGAGUGUGGAGAAUCCUUCAAGGAUCGUUCAUUUUUUCAACAUCAUAUCAGAUCUCAUACUGACUAUAAACGUGAUCAUUGUAAGGCAUGUGGAGAAGACUGCAGAUGUCCUUCUUACCUAAAACUUCAUGUGAGAGGGAAACUUUGUAAGGACUAUGGGAAACCUUGUCACAAUGGACAGAGGCUUUAUGAAUGUAAGAAAUGUGGGAAGGCCUUUAGUUAUCUCUCAAGCCUUACUAGACACAUAAGAAAUCAUAGUGGAGAGAAGCUUUUUCAAUGUAAGAAAUGUGGGAAAGCCUUUAGUCGUUCUUCAAUACUUGCUGCACAUAUACGAACGCACAGUGGAGAGAGGCCUUAUGAAUGUAAGGAGUGUGGGAAAGCCUUUAGUCGGUCUUCAAACCUCACUAGACAUACAAGAACUCACAGUGGAGAGAGGGCUUAUGAAUGCAAGGAAUGUGGCAAGGCCUUUAGUCUAUCCUCACACCUUACUAGACAUAUAAGAACUCACAGUGGAGAGAAACCUUAUGAAUGUAAAGAAUGUGGAAAAGCCUUUAGCAGUUCUUCAUCGCUCACUACACAUGUACGCACACACAGUGGAGAGAAGCCUUAUGAAUGUAAGGAAUGUGGGAAAGCUUUCAGUCACUCUUCAGCUCUUACUACACAUAUUAGAUCUCACAGUGGAGAGAGGCCUUAUGAAUGUAAAGAAUGUGGGAAAGCCUUUAUUUGUUCCUCAUCCCUCACUACACACAUGCGAACCCACAGUGGGGAAAAGCCUUAUGAAUGUAAGGAAUGUGGGAAAGCCUUUAGUUUUUCCUCAUCUCUCACUAUACAUAUAAGAUCUCACAGUGGAGAGAGGCCUUAUGAAUGUAAGGAAUGCGGAAAAGGCUUUAGUCGGUCCUCACACCUCAGGACCCAUAUAAGAACUCACAGCGAGGAGAGACCUUAUGACUGUAAAGAAUGUGGGAAAACCUUUAAGCAGUUUGCACAACUCACUGGACAUAAAAAGACUCACAGUGGUGGAAAGCUUUUUGAAUGCAAGAAAUGUGGGAGAGCUUUUAAUCAUUCCUCAUCCCUCACCACACAUAUAAAAACUCAUAAUACAGAGAGGCCUUAUAAGUGUAAGGAAUGUGAAAAAGCUUUUAGUUCUUCCUCAUCUCUUACAACACAUAUAAGAUCUCAGAGUAGACACAACCUUCAUUACAGUGAAUUGCUAUCAAACGUUCCUUAUAAUCCUAGUCUUAUAACUCCCACAAAAUGAUUGCAGUGGAUUAUCUAACCAAGGUACAUUGAAUUGUUGUAGUGAAUUGGUCAUUUCUGCCAUCCACCAAGUUUUCAAAAGUCCAAUCCUAGAUGUGUAAGGGGACGUCACUGAUAUCAAAAAGGCUGUCAGGGUGUAUCCUUUGGAUUCAGGAUCCUUGCACUGAGAACCCUUAGGCCCAGAAGGCAAAGCUCAGUCAUAGAGGAGAAGGAGUGUGAUACAGUGUGAAAUGACAACAGGAACAUGAGAGAAACACACAGUAGCAAAACCAGGAGACUAGCACAAGAUGACAUGGGCUUCCCAGCCUACAGAACAAGGCAACCAAGUGGGCUUGCCAACCGAAGGGUAAGAGAGGUGAGCACAUUUGGACAAGAUGGUCAUUGAUGGAGUGGGUUUCCUCAAGUACUUGGGGGAGUGUGGUUUGCCAACCCUGAAGAGCUGACUGCUUUGGGGCAAGAGACUCCUUACAGAGUGAUGUGCCUUCAGGAAUUUGUCAGCACUGUAAAGAACUAUAACACUUCCCCAAGAACGGCAGUACCUGGCGGCAGAAGGCAGCACAGUAAAAUACUGACUGGAACCCAGUGUGAGAGUAUCUCAAGUCAUUUCUGUUAGUCCAUGUUGAGUGUAUCCUUGAACUUGAACUGUAUCUGUAACUUUGCAAAUAAAACUCAUUCAUUCUGAA